CAUACUACAUCACGGCGGCCCGUCGGCGCUCCGCUGGCAUCAGCCCUCUCCUUUCUCCUUCUUCUCAUUUUUCUUCUUAUUCGUCAUGCAGUCUGUGCGAUCCACCUUAAAAAAGCUCCCCGCGAAAGUAGCAUGUGAAACAAAAUCUCAGCUAUGCCGGGACUGGGAUCAUUAAACGCGCAACACGCAGCCAGCUCUCCAUUUUAGUGUUUUUUGUUUUUUUUUUAGCAGCGCGGCCCCAAACUUUCAUAUUUUAAUCGUACUUGACGAGAGAACUCUGUCGGACGCUGUAACGCUGCAUGUGCGCUUUCCCGGGGGAUCAUGUGGGGCGCUGGAUGGGGAUUUGGGGGGAUCGCGUUAAACAUCUGCCUCUGCGUUAGCUUGUAGAAGCCCAACAAGUCGGAAGAGACCCCAGACCGAUACGCAAUUGCGUGCUUUUAUACAAUUAGGUAGUUUUUGGAUGUAUCAUUACUGAAGAUAAUGUGUACUGGAGCACCUGUUUAGCUCUAUAAAUAUCGAGGUCUUUCGGUUGAUAUAUGUAACGUCUUAUUACGGGUAAAGUUCACCUCCCGAAUUUCCCAUUAUACCUUAUUGUUCCUUUUGCCUAAAAACUUGCGGCAGCUCCAAAGACAACAUGCCGGUGCUGCAUCCUCUGUUUGCCGUGAUCGGUCACCUACGGACUGAGGGGCUUUCACAAGAAACGCUAAAUCACCGACAUUAGUAAGCGGCAUUGCCCCGGUGUGGCAUCGCGGCGCCAGCUUUCUUCGCCGAUCACUGUGCCGCCGUGAACUCGGAGCCCACCGCACAAAAUGGUAGCCCAUGGUGAAGCAGUCAGAUCAGGUAACGCCAAGCCAGGCUUCACAAUGGUCAGAUUAUGCGGCUGGGAAUAACGAUUAGCUGAGAGGGACUCAACAAACGGUUGUCUUUUUAAUGUGCUGGAUUGUUAAAAGCGCAAAAUAAAAAGUCCUGUUUUUAUUGGCAUAUCUAGAUUUAUCGAUAUUCAAGGCAAAUUUAUUUUUAAAAGACGGCAGCACGUGAGAGCUUCACCUUCCAGUGUGAUUAUCGCUCUGUUUACUUGUGCUACAUUUACAUUUUGUUGCUUAACCGACGCUUUUUAUCGAUUACAAUGAUUAUGCACCUAUACAUCUAGAAUUUUUGGGAAAGUAUCAGGUUCGGUGCCUUGCUGAAUGGUGCCACACCAGGACUCCUGUUGGGAUGCGACCCCACAGCCUUCAGGUUGCCUGUCCCUGUUCUUAACCAGUACUUUUGCUCGCAUGCUAAUUAUAGUGACCAGUGUGACCUCCUCUUUUUUAUUAAGCAGCUUGCCAAGCCUGUUUUUAUCCAGGAUAUAUAUAUCAAGUAGGUGGAAAUGCAGGGACUGGCUUAGGGAAGACAGGGGUGCAAACCAUAUGUUAGCACCUUGAUGUAAAACAAGAAACAGCAGUGAAAACACGGUGGUGUGCUUCUCACUUUGCCACUGUCUGCACAACCUGUUAACAGUUCAGCUGCUUCCGAACCAGCCACUCCGAGGAAAGAUCUCAUCUGUAGUGACCUUUAUCAAACAGCGACAGGAUUCUGUUUGCUGCUAAAAGCACAUGUGUCUCGGAAGACGUCUCAAAAUCCACACAAGACUAUGAGGCGCCACGGUCUCUCCUACGGAGACGGCGACUGGCAGUGAGUGGCUCAGACUUGGUCCUCGUGGGAGUAACGGUUCCAGAGUUUUGCCGGUUCCCCCCACUGGGCCCUCCUGUAGCUAUGGCCAGCAAAAGGAAGUCAACCAUUCCCUGCAUGAUCCCAGCGAAAGCUGCGAGCAUGUCUGACAGGCAGGGCCACAGCCCACCAGGCUGUUUCCGUCUGACAGCCAAGAGCAUUGGUUUUAGCCUCCCCACGGAGAAGGUCACCACAACAACAUGGGACUUGAAGGAGGAUGGCAGCUCCUCCAGCCCCGAAAGGGGUGCCCUGCGGCAUGAGGCAGACAGUUAUGGCUGCCAGCCAUGCCAGUUCGAAUCCCGAGAUCUCAACCUAUUCCUGGACCAUGUCUACAGCAGCCACCCAGACUUCCGGGCUGAGCCCAGCUUUCACUGUCUGGACUGCGGAGUCACCACCAGGAAGUUUGAGGGCUUGGCCCUGCACAACGCCCGCGCCCACCCCAGCACUGCCACCACCACACUGCAGGUGCGCAAGAGAGACUGGAGGAUGAUCGUGGAGCAGAGCCUGGUCUCUGGUGGGGGCCCCACAGAGUCUGAGAUCUCUAUCACGAAGACUCCCAUCAUGAGGAUGAUGAAGGGCAAGGGCGAGCACAAGAAGAUCGUGGUGUCACACGUUCCAGAUGAGGCAAAUGAGGCGGAAGUGCAGGAGCACUCAGCGGCAGCACAGGUGGCCCCCACCGGGAAUAACAAGGCCACCCAAAGAAGUGCCCUUACAGCCACUGUGCCGGUCGUCAAUGGGUCAUCAAUGGUGCCAGUGCUGAAAGUCCCUGUUGGUCAGGUGGUCCACAACUGGGCACAUCUGCAGAAAUCCUCACCUGCGGUUUCCUCCUCACCCUCUUCCUCCUCCUCAGAUAGUAGCUCCAAGAACCUUCCCAAAGUGAUGAUCCCACUGUGCAGCAUCCCGACUUACGAUGCUGCUAUGGACACCAGUAGCUUCCUGAAGACCUCCUUCAGCAAGUUCCCCUAUCCCACCAAGGCUGAGCUCUGUUAUCUCACAGUGGUCACCAACUACCCUGAGGAGCAGAUUAAGAUUUGGUUCACGGCGCAGCGGCUAAAGCAAGGCAUCAGCUGGUCACCGGAAGAGAUUGAGGACUCACGGAGAAAGAUGUUCAGCACCAUCAUCAAACCACCGUCCCCCCAGCUCACUUCCAGUGCCACCACUCGCCAAUCAUCCCAGGCACAGCUUCGCCCCUCUCACAACACCCAACGACAGACCCAGACAACAGUCACGGUCAUGCCGACUACGUCAGCCCCCGGCAGUGUGUCCCAUGUCUUGCAGGGCAAGAGUGGAGUGAUUGUUUCUCAGCCAGUUGUGUCGAAUGGGAUCCAGGUUGGGGGUGGUCCAGUUACCCUGGCAGUCACACCCAAACCAAAUAUAGGGUCUGGACCACAGAUGCAAGCCAAGCCAGCUGCUGCACUGGUCGCAGACAAGGGGGUGGGAGUUGUCGUCAACGUGGUUGGGAGCAGCAGCAGCAGCAGUGGGAGCUGCAUCGUUGGUAGCAGCACCCGCACCAGCAGCAUCAUCAGCAGCAUUAUGAGCACUAGCAAUAGCAGUGGCAUUAGCGCUAGUAACAUUAGCACCACCACUAAUAUUAACAGUAUCAAUGAUACCAGCAAAAUGAACUCCAGCACCAGCUCUACCAGCAGAUUGAAUAGCAGCACUGAUGGGAGAGUGAUUGACCUAUCACCACUAGUUCCUGGUAGUGGCCACAGUUCUCGCAUGCUUCCCAGCAGCUUCCUAGACCCCAGCUUCUAUAAGAGCAAGAAGUCGCAAGAGCAGCUGGGUACCCUCAAGCAGAGUUUUAUCCGAAGCCAAUUCCCAGAGCAGGAAGAGGUGGAGCGGCUAACCCGGAUCACAGGUCUGACAGUCCGCGAGGUCCGCAAGUGGUUCAGCGACCGCCGCUACCACAACCGUAACCUGAAAGGCCUACGCUCUGGCGACAUGGGUCUACUUGGAAAGGGGUCUGUCCCGGACUUUGCCGACAGCCUCACAUCUACUGAGAACCCGAAGGCCCACCGGUCCUCAGUGAGCCCACCGAUCCUGCAGCCGGAAUUGCCAUCUCCAAACCUGGAUCAUUCCACACAUCGCAAAGAGCAGGAAGUUCGACAGAUGUGUGUCCUAGAGGCUAGCGUGGCACUGGACCCCCACCCCUCUGUUGAGGACCUGGACCAGUUGCAGCCUAAGGCUAAGAAAAGUGGGCAAGCAAUUGAUGAGUGGUCAUCAGAGCUGCACAAGAAACCCGCACCUGAAAAGAAAAAAGAAGAGGCAAGCACGGACAAAGACAUGGAGAAUGACCGAGAGGACACUGUGACCAAGAAGGCAGAAACUUGCAAAGCACCGGCCCUCAUACCAGGAGCGCCAGGCCACGCAGAAAUGGAAGACUUCAUGAGUAGUGGGCCUGGUGCGAAACCUAAGGUUGACCCCAUCAAAAUAAACCUGAAGAUGCUGAAAGUGACAGAAGCCAGUGGCCAGAAGGACCUGGAAGAUGGUAUUUUGGAGUCCCAGAGUCUUAAGGUGUCUUCUCAUUUCCCAUGUGUCUCUGCCAUCACGCCCACUCGUGGCAAGAAGACCCCGCAGCAGAUGCACAUGCUCAAGCAAGUGUUUGCCCGCACCCAGUGGCCCGGCAGUGAGCAGUACGACCAUCUGGUGGCGCUGACAGGGCUCCCGAGACCAGAGGUGGUCCGCUGGUUCGGGGAUAGCCGCUAUGUAUACAAGAACGGCCAGCUAAAAUGGCUUGAAGCCUACCAGCGUGCCAUGCUGGAGGAGGAGGAGGUUUUUGCAGAGGAAGAGGAAAGCCGGAGGAGAAAUGAGGCACCGGGGGACCACUCAGACACCCAGGGGAUGACAGAGGGGGACAGAUCUCAGAGGAUCAGGGAGGAUCCCUGUCACCAAGGAGCCAGUGUGUCUACAGCUCUGCGCACUGAGCCAGUGAAGGGGGCUGAGCGGACAGGGAAUAAGGAGACCAAAAAGGUGUAUGGGACGGCGAGGGAGAUGACAGCUGUACUGUAUCCAGCUGGCUUGGCUACUAAAGAGGACAUGUCUGUUGUAGCUGAAGCCCAGCUGAAGUCCUGCAAAGGUCUUUCGGGAGGAGAGUGAAGCGGCAGCUGCGGCGGUUCCAGGCAGCACCGAAGCGGCUCCUUCGCCAGCAGUCGGGGGCCGAAUGCAUCAGUCAAAAAAAAAAAAAAGCGUGCUUUUUAAAAACAUUUUAUAAGAUCUGAGACUUUAUACCCAACCCCACCGCCUGCUGUCUUAAAAUCGAGGGAGAAAAGGAGAGGUUUAGAACAAACUGGUUUGCAAGCGUUGAAGCUUGCCAGCUGUCUAAUGGGGCCAUUUCUCGACCUCCUGGGGCCAGUCGUGUUAGUGGUACGGGGGGGAGGGGGGCACUGAGGUGGGACAGGUCAACAGCCCGUGGUGGCUGCAGACACUAAGAAACUGGAAAGGGGCAUUUAAAUCCUGACUGAUGACAAAAAUGUCAAUGUGUUUGUUGUUUUGUUUUUAUAUUUGUUUUAAGCAACUAGUACUUUUAGCACAGCCUUGAAUUUUACUCCAGUUUCGUCUGUUUUUUAUACUGUGAGCCCAGCUGUUAUUGCCUUGUCACUAAUGGGUCGACGGAUCCAUCCACGCUGUGCUUUCUGCAAACUUCAGUGCUUGAGUCCAGGAGGCCUGGGAUGAUCUGAGAAACACACACUCUGCCCGCUGAAGUCUAAUGCUGGCUUGCAUGUUUCAACCAGUGUACACUGAGCUCAGUUGAUCAAAAAUGACUGUAAAAGAAGCAGGCUAUCCAACAAGCCACAUUUAUUUACAAAAUGUAAAGGGGGCGGAGCAAAGAAUUUGGACGCCCAGCAAGACCACCAGCAAUGCAGCCGAUGACCAGCCACAAGUGUGAGUAACUGUACCGCCCUGUUCAUUGUGAUCAUGUUUACCUGUCAUCAUGCCGUAUUCUAUCAGAUCUGCAUUCCUUUUAAGCUGCAUUUUUUUUAAGGGAAUUAAGGUGCUCUCUGAUAAACAAAGGUUGCAUAAGUAUACAUUAAUGAAGCAUUAACCACUUAGCACAAGAAACCUUUGCGAUGAUUUUAUUUGCGCGAGUAUUCCUGGAUUUACGGUACUUUGGUUAUUAGAACUGUGAAAAGCAAACCUAAACCCUUUCAGCAGAAUGCAGGUUUGCUGUGUCUGACGCUGUCACCGAUUUUAUCAUUCUGAGUAUUUGCAGAAUAAAUGGAUUAUGACUAACAA